UGAAGGUUCACAUUAGAAUAGUUUUCUAGGUUAGAAUUAUUAAAUAAAAUGCUCUAUUCCAGUAGAAUAACAAAAAUUGCUCAAACGAAAUACAUUAGAAGUGUCAGAUGGGUUUCUACAAAAAAGAGGGAGUAUAAAGAAAUUGAAAUCAAAGUGCCCUGGGGGCAUGUAGCAGGAAAAUGGUGGGAACCCUACGAAACUAGGCCUAUUCUAUCAAUUCAUGGCUGGCAAGAUAAUUGUGGAACAUUCGAUAGACUUAUCCCUAUGUUAGAUAAAAAUGUCGGAUUUCUGGCCAUAGAUCUACCAGGACACGGCUAUUCUUCGCGUCUCUCAGAAGGCAACAUGUACCAUUUAUCAACCUACAUGUUAACCAUAAAGAGCGUUGCCAAAGAACUCAAGUGGCCCACGAUUUCGCUGUUGGGACAUUCAUUGGGAGCGGUGGUAUCCAACGUAUAUUCCAUGUUUUUCCCGCUGGAAAUCGAUUUCUUGAUGUGCCUGGACGCCUUGAAGCCGAUGGUUCCGAAUAACAGACAUCUUUUAAUUGCCAAAGCUUAUGAAUUGUUUUUCAAGUACAACAGCCAGGCGUUCUGUUCGAACGAACCUCCCAGUUACACGCUAGAAGAAAUGAUUGAUCUGGUUGCCAAACCGAAUCGUUAUUCUGUUUUACCUGAAUACACAGGAUACAUUCUGGAUAGGAAUAUAGCGCCAUCUACCAUAAACCCUGAAAAGUACUAUUUCACCAGAGAUCCCAGACUAAAAACGGGCUCGUUAGCUCUGUUUUGCCAAGAGGAACUGGAGAAAUUAUCCGAACACAUUGUCAUGCCAAUUUUCAUUCUGAAAGCUUCGGAAUCCAGUUACUACGAGGAGAAAAAUAAUUAUUACCGCGUGUUGGAGGUUAUAAAAAAAAGCAGCACGGAUUGCGAUUUUAAUUACGUCGAAGGCAGUCAUCACGUGCAUUUGAAUAAUCCGGAAAGGAUAUCGGGCUUGAUAAAUAAUUUUAUAUGUCGGAAUAAUACUCAAGAGAGGUGCGUGGGUGGUUUGAGCGAUGAAUUGGUUAGAGAUUUCAGGAUAAGUUAUGCAGAAAAGUUGCUCAAAAAUUGAUUUUUUUGGAUAUUAUUUAUUAGUGAAAUUGAUAAAUUAUUUAUAAUCCGUUUUCGAAAUGUGUGGAGGUGAGGUAAAAACUUAUAUUUGAUUAGGUUUUUGUUCCUACUUUCGCACGAUACAAAGUUUCGAUAUUUUCUACUAUUUUUGCUAUAACUGUUGAAUGUAGACCUACGUUUGUAAAUGAUAAACUCAUUUAUUUUAUAUUUAAUCACGUUUUAAAAGAUUUUUCAUCGCUUGUUAAUUACACAUUGUCAAUUACACUUACAAGGUUUCGGGCAAAAAUUUGGGAUAAGUAGAGCGAUAUACCUAUUUUUGGUCAAAGAAAAAAAUAUUGUAUAUGCUAAUAAAAAAAAUCUGACACAUAAAACCGAAAUAUACUAAUAAAAUCUUUUGUUUUACUGUGAUUUAAUAUCUACGUAAAUCUAGAAAAAAAAACUACAAAUUAGAAAUGCUGAGCAUGUUUCUUAUUUGUA